AUGGCUAUCAUUCGUAAAUUACGCAAAAAACUUCGACAAAUAGAAAAUUUAGAGCGACUACAACGGCAACUUACCGACGAUGAAUUAGCUAAGAUCUAUCUCAAAGAAGAAUUAAGGAAGCAGUUGUCGCUGAAGCUAGCAGAUGGACAACAACGACAUGAUCCCAGAAGUUUAGAUAAGAAGCCUAUAAAGAGUGCUGAACUGAGUGAAAAAUUAACUGCUGAUGCAACUAGUAAAAGUAAAGCUGAAUCCAAUGUUACAAGUAAAACUUCUAGUCAACAAAACAUUGAAAUUACCAAAACAGAUCUAUCAUCGCGCCCUAGUAAGCAAGCCGCUGUUGAAGAGAAAUCUUCAGUACGUAAAAGAGCAAAAAUUACCAAUCCGUGGCUUGGGCGACAAUUUCAAGUACGAUAUCUAAAAGGUCAUGCCGAUGUUAUUACUUGUAUGGUUGUACAUCAGGAUAUUCUUGUAACUGGAAGCCGAGAUACAACAUUAAAAUUAUGGGAUGCUGCUGAUGGCAAUCUAACGAUUAGCAUGGGUGGCCAUACUGGACCUGUGACUGCUCUCGUCAUGUUACCUGCUGAUGAUCCUCGCUAUAUCUUAGACAGUGAUCAGAGUGAUACUCUCGGUCGGGGGCGUAAAAUUAUAAGUGGGUCAACAGAUUGUUCAUUAAGAAUUUGGGCACUGGAUACUGGAUUAAUGUUAACCCGCAUAUACACGUAUUCACCUGUACAGUGCAUUGACUAUCGAGAUGGAAUUAUAGCUACUGGCUCUGAUGCCGGGAAAAUUGAAUUGUGGGAUCUUGACAGAAAAGAGAGUAUUUGCUCAGUUAUUAGCUUCAAUGAAGAGCUGUUAACCUCUGUAUUGUUUUGUGAGGAAAAUUAUUUGGCUGCGUCAUCAACUACAGGUUUGGUAAAAGUAUGGGAUACCACAGACCAGACAUUAACUAUAACAGCCAGUUCUGACGAAGCUAACCUAUGGACAAAUGACAAAAUGAUGGCGACCAAGUAUAAAUUCACUAGUAGGAUAAAUGCUAUGGCUAACAAAGGGACCAAAUUAUAUUGGGGAGACGAAAAUCGCAACAUUAAAGUUUUUGAUUUUCAAAAUGUAAGAGAAACAAAAGACGACAAAUAUUUAUGCAGUAUUGAUGAAGGUGCAACCGAGAGAAUUAUGUCUACUUCUUGCACAUUUUAUAAAGAUAAGUUAUUAAGGAUCUGUACUGGUGGCAGUCAUGAGCUAAGGAUAUGGGAUCAACUCGAAAUAAAGAAAGAUAUCAAAGAAUCUAAUUGGGUUAUGGAAGGAUUUCGUCACUCUUUAGGGAUGCAAGUAGGAGAUCUUAGUAGCGCAAGUUGUGUCCAUCACGAUAAUUUUAGCGUUAUCGUUGAAACGGAAGAUGAAUCUGAUUCGGAAUCUGAAGAUAUAGACGAUGAUGGUGAAGAUGGUGCCGAACAGUCGUUAGAGUUAGAAGAAAAAGAUGAAAAGAACAGUUACUGCUUAAUUUUAUAA